CAUCAUUCGAGGCAUGAGAUUCAUUCCGGCUCAAACAGUCUUUACGAGAUUUUAAUCGCGUCAUUACUUUUUUUUUGUAUAACACGAGAGAUGUAUAUUUAAUCAAUUUUCAAAGUUCAAGCUAAGCUGUUACGCUUUUGAGAGCGAAUCUUCAUUUUUUUUAAUUUUUCCUGUGAUAUGAUAAAUUUUGUGAAUUAAUUUCCGUCAUCUGGAAAUUUCUGAAUAAAAAAUUAUGACGAUCACUAACUCAAAUUACUGUGACAUGGCUCGGUCAAAUUUCAAACGAAGACACUCGGAUCUAUCGCAAUUUGAAUCCGUUGCCAGAAUAUCAAGUUUUCCUAUUGUUGAAAGCAGUAUCUGCAUUGCUGGAAAUGUUUACGAUAUGAUUAAGAGAUCAAAUUCACUAAUGAAUUGGAGUUUGGAUACAAUGGAGCAAUCAUUAGCUUCGGCAACAGCAACAGCAAAAUCUGCAAUUUUUGCUUUCAAUGGUCCAAUAACAACGAUCGAUCAAAUUCUAUGCAAGGGAAUUGAUAUCGUUGAAUUGAGAGUACCAGCAAUUCAUCUUCCUCCACAGCUCAUGUACUGGAAUACGAAAGAGUAUGUGAACAAAAAAUUUGUCAAACCAGUUCUAAUGAGAGCAGACAGUGUGAAGCAAAUUGGCAGCCUAGCUGCAAAUGCAGCUGCAGAUAGAUUAGAUGGAGCCUUAUCUGUCGCAGACCAAUAUAUCGAUCAUUAUUUACCAGGAGAUCCCAGUGAUAAAAUUACUGAAGUCGAUUCGGCUCCAGUUGAAACAACAAGUAAGACAGUGCGAACAAUAAAGCAUGGUGCGCGAUUUUCACGAAAAUUACAGAGAAGACUAACGCGACGCACAUUGAUGGAGGCAAAAGCACUAAAAAAUCAAGGAACAGAAUGUAUCGCUGUUCUUCUCUACGUCGCUGAACUCAUAGCAACGGACCCUAAACUGGCUUAUCAAAAAGCAAAGGAAUUAUGGGCCACACUGAGUUUACCGGAACCGGAAAAUCAAGCACGUCCAGCAACAUUGGAACAACUAUUAGUACUUCUAACACGUGAAUUUGCACGCCGAAUUGUUCAUUUGGUGAAUGCAACGACAAUUCUUGCUUCACGAUCGCCACGAGUUUUUGGUAGAUUGCUGGUGUCAAUCUCACAUCAAAUGCUCUCGAUCGCCGAUGCUGCCAUUAAGGCAGCGCCAAUAGUUGAUAAACAGGAAGCCUAUAAUAUGAGCAAAUCCGGCAUUAAUACAGCAAUCAAUAGGCUCAAUUCAACAACAAAUCAAUUAUUAGAACAAGUUGCUGCAUUUUUGGCAGGAAGACCUCAAGUGCAUAAGGCAAAUCACAAUCAAAAUCACAAUAAUCAUAUGAGAAUCUCUUCCAAUCCACCUGUAAAUGGAAUUGAAUAAUUAUUUUCAAUUUUAAAAUAAAUUAAGAAGAGUUUAAUUUCAGAUUUUUUUUGUUUGAAAGAAUGAAGAUGGAAAUGUACGGCAAAAAGAAGAUAAAAAAUCUUGCUGAAGAAUUUAGAGACAAAUGAACAAAUAAUUAUACUUAUUUUUCAUUCUUAGAUAGUAUAAAUUUUUUUUCUAAUUCUAGCGAUAAAUGUAAUUUUAUUUUUUUUUUUGACACAAUGUAAAAGUGUUUAUUUUAACUACCAAAGUGUAAUGAAUUUAAUAUUAAAAGUGAGUUAUUAUAAUAAAGAUUGAGAAAAGGAAUAAUUUA